AAUUACUCCGGUAAAACUCACUCUUCUUCAUUCGUCUUCUCCACCAUGGAAGGUGUGGCUAUGAAACUCCCGUCGUUCAAAUCUCUCUCCCCUAACGCAAUCUCUAUCGGACACCGAAGCUUCUCCCGUGUUCGUCGCUCCUCUUCGCUAUCCGUCUGUUCCGCCGCCUCUUCCUCCGCCACCAUCUCCACUGAUUCCGAAUCCGUCUCUCUAGGCCAUCGCGUUCGAAACGAUUUCCGAAUUCUUCACCAGGAAGUGAAUGGGUCAAAGCUUGUGUACUUAGACAGUGCUGCAACUUCUCAGAAGCCGGCAGCUGUAUUGGACGCCUUGCAGAAUUACUAUGAGUUCUAUAAUUCAAACGUUCAUCGAGGAAUUCACUAUUUAAGUGCCAAGGCUACAGAUGAAUUUGAGUUGGCUAGGAAAAAAGUUGCUCGUUUCAUCAAUGCUUCUGAUAGUAGAGAGAUUGUUUUCACAAGGAAUGCAACUGAAGCCAUCAAUCUUGUAGCUUAUUCAUGGGGUCUUUCUAAUCUUAAACCAGGAGACGAGGUUAUACUUACAGUGGCCGAACAUCAUAGUUGCAUUGUUCCUUGGCAAAUAGUAUCUCAAAAAACUGGAGCAGUUCUAAAGUUUGUUACUUUGAAUGAGGAUGAAGUCCCGGACAUAGAAAAGUUGAGAGAAAUGAUUUCUCCCAAGACAAAGCUCGUGGCUGUUCAUCAUGUUUCUAAUGUUCUUGCAUCUUCUCUUCCUAUUGAAGAGAUUGUGGUCUGGGCACACAAUGUUGGAGCGAAAGUUCUUGUGGAUGCUUGUCAAAGUGUUCCUCACAUGGUAGUUGAUGUCCAGAAGCUAAAUGCUGAUUUCCUAGUUGCGUCUUCUCAUAAGAUGUGUGGACCUACAGGCAUUGGGUUCUUAUAUGGUAAGAGUGAUCUUCUACAUUCCAUGCCUCCAUUCUUAGGUGGCGGAGAAAUGAUCUCAGAUGUAUUUCUUGACCAUUCAACUUAUGCGGAACCUCCAUCCAGAUUUGAAGCUGGAACACCUGCAAUAGGAGAAGCAAUUGCCCUUGGAGCAGCAGUUGAUUACUUGUCAGGAAUUGGCAUGCCUAAAAUCCAUGAAUAUGAGGUAGAGCUUGGUAAGUAUUUGUACGAGAAAUUGUCUUCCCUGCCUGAUGUCCGGAUAUACGGGCCCAGACCUUCUGAAAGUGUUCACAGGGGUGCUCUUUGUUCCUUCAAUGUGGAGGGCUUGCACCCAACUGAUUUGGCAACCUUUCUUGAUCAACAGCAUGGAGUUGCCAUAAGGUCAGGACACCACUGCGCACAGCCACUCCACCGGUAUCUUGGAGUGAAUGCAAGUGCACGCGCCAGCCUCUACUUUUACAACACGAAGGAGGACGUUGACUCCUUCGUUGUUGCGCUUGCAGACACUGUGAGCUUCUUCAAUUCUUUCAAAUAAGUGGAACACCUACCUGCUGGAUCUCUGGGCUGGUUUGUAUGGUAUAUUGCUUCAAAGGCUAUUAAUGUCUGCUUUUAUAUGAUCAAUGGGAGUGGAUUUUGGUUCUUCAAGUCCCAAGGGCCAUUUGUGUUGUAGUUAGCACUUGUAUGAAAAAAUAGACGAGCAAUAGUCAU